UUGCAUUUUAUUGCAUCAUUGAAAGGAGCGACUGUUGUUCGUCCACUGUUCUACGAGUUUCCAACGGACAAGAGCACGUACAAUAUAAGCUACCAAUUUCUAUGGGGAAGAUCGAUGCUCAUCGCUCCUGUAGUUUAUGAACGAGCAAAAUCAGUCACAGUUUAUCUACCUGAAGACGACUGGUACUCCUUGUACGAUUUCCAAUAUGGCCAACUACUCAGAAACGGUUUUGGAAACUAUACAGCUUUAACGGAACUGAUUCCAGUUUUUGUUAGAGGUGAAUCUAUUUUGCCUCGCCAAGCACCAAGCCUCACUACUUCUAAGUCUCGGAAUAAUGCCUUCGAGCUUUUGAUUGCUCCAGCCGUAUCAUCCAGUGAGUUCGCCAUUUUUCUUUUUUUCCUGACAUGGAGAAAGGUCAUGCAUCCAUAUUUGUGUUGUUUCGUUGAAGAGGCGAAGUAG